GCAAUAGUUCACCUUUUACUUUGAGUUUGAGAGAGAGAAUUAACAUGGCCAACAAAAUCCUAAAGCUCACAAUAAUUCUCUCUAUACUCAUCUCUCUAUCCUUGUUUGUUUCAUCAAAUGACGAUGAUAAAAGUCACCACGACAUAGUAGAAGAUGAAGACGAAGACGAAGAGGCACAAGACUUCUACAUUGUGGACACUCCAUUACAACAUCAUGGAUCAUCAAGAAGUAGAUUCUUGGCAAGCAUAAUAAAGAAAGGAAGACGUUGUAAUCUCGAGAGUAGUAAUAUAUGCAAUGGAGUUAGAGCAAACAAGGGAAAAGAUUUGCUUUUUUGUUGCAAGAAACAUUGUCGCAAUGUUUUAAGUGACAAGAACAAUUGUAAUGUGUGUGGUCACAAGUGCAAGGAAGGUGAAAGAUGUUGCAAUGGAGUGUGUACCAAUGUUUUGACAAAUGUUCAUCAUUGUGGAAAGUGUAAGAACGAGUGUUCAUCUGGUGCUCCAUGUGGGAAUGGCUUUUGUGGCUAUGCAUAAAAUGAAGUUAAUUCAUUAUUACAAGGUAUAGGAAUCAAUAAUAAACUAUAUAUUAUAAAUUUGUAUUUUUGAGAUAUAAAUAUUUAUAUAAAUUUUAAGAAAUCUGUUUCUUCAAGAAAUAAAACAAGAUUACUGGAUUUAUGGAAAGCAAA